AUGACCUCACUCACCCCCCGCUCUCCCUACACCCAAGACGAGCUCAAGACCUUGUUUCCGGCUAAGCUCGAGCUCCAGCUCGUGCAGAUACUUUUGCGACACGGCGAGCGCUCACCCGUCUCGGCACGCUUCCAGAAUGCCGGCCUUCCCGCCUUCUGGCCUUACUGCAACGCCGUCCGCCAGCUGAAAUCCGCCGUCCUCGACCGCACGACGGGCCAGUUCACCACCAUGGAAUGGAGACGGCGGCUGGAGAGCUUCGGCCCAAACGAUGAGCCCGUACUAGCCGCCGGCCCGGCAGGCGAGCUCGACGCCAUCUGCGAUAUGGGCAUGUUGACCGACCGCGGACGACAGACGACCUUCGAUCUGGGUAGACGCCUACGGCAUCUCUACGUCAAUCAGCUGCACUUUCUACCCCCUGUCCUCAAGGACGCCGACUCCAUGUACUUGCGCGCUACACCAAUACCCCGUGCGCUCGAAUCCCUUCAGGAGACCUUCUGGGGACUCUACCCGACACACAAGCGCGCUCCGGCGUUUCCUCCUCCAGCCAUCCUCACAAGAGCUCCCGCCGACGAGACAUUAUUCCCGAAUGACAGCAACUGCAGGCGGUUUGCGGCUCUAUCGCGCGCCUUUGCUCAGCGCACUGCUGAGCGCUGGAACACAACCGACGAUAUGGCCUAUCUAAAUAAGCUCUGGUCGAAAUGGAUGCCCGAGGACUCUCCACAAGUAGCCGUAGAUUCAAGACCACGACUGAGCGGAAUCAUGGAUACGAUCAACUCGACCCUUGCACAUGGCCCGGAGACACGCCUUCCGAAGGAGUUUUACGACAAGAAGGGUCGGGACAUCAUCGAGAAGAUUGGGGUAGAAGAGUGGUUUUCGGGCUAUGAAGAGAGUCAGGAGUACCGAGUACUUGGUAUCGGAGGCCUGAUGGGUGAUGUUGUCAGCAGGAUGGUAGGCAGCGCCGAGCAGUCGACCGCCGAUGGCGAGUACGAGAUUGCGAGGGCUCUGGACGACAAGCAUCUACAAGACGGCAAAGGCGCCACCCCCAUCCGAUUCGGACUGAGCGGAUGUCACGAUACUACCCUCGCGGCGGUGCUAGCUAGUAUGGGUGCUUUCGAGGGAGACAAGUGGCCGCCGUAUACAAGUCAUAUCGCUAUAGAAAUGUUCCGGAAAGCAGAGGCCGGGUCACCGCCUGGGCCGCCCGGCAAUUCGCAGGCAGCGAUCCCGCCUACGAAAAGUUGCACGGCCAGCGGUGCAAAUGCCAAGCCCAGUUGGUUCAGCUCACUGUUCUCAUGGACCUCUGCGGAUUCCGCGCGUGCUAAACCGGGCACCCCGCCACCGGGCAUCGGUCGUAAACGCACCGGGGAGCUUUCUGCAGAGGAGAAAGCAAAACUUGAAGGCUACUAUGUGCGUUUACGGUAUAACGACGAAGUUGUCAAGGUGCCGGGAUGUAAACCGCAAGGCAAGCACUUGGACGGGGACGAGAGCUUCUGCACAUUGGAGGCUUUCAAGGCCAUCGUUGACAAGUUCGUCCCGACGAACUGGAAGCAGCAGUGCGCCGCGGAUGUGCGAGCGCCCACGUUCCCGGACAAGCCCGAGCCAGCUGGGUAUUGA